AGCAUCUGCAUCUUCCUGCCGACCAUCCAUGGCGAUGAAGAUGAAGACGAAGAAGGGAGGGACGGGGAGGAAGAAGAGAGACGAGAUGAAGCUCAUCGAGGACCCGGCCAAGCGGCAGGUGGCCUUCUCCAAGCGCCGCCCCACGCUCUUCGGCAUGGCCGGCGACCUCUCCGCGCUCUGCGGCGUCCACGUCGCCGUCGUCGUAUUCUCCCGCUCCGCGCGCGGUAACGCCUACGCGUUCGGCAGCCCCUCCGUCGACGCCGUCCUCCGACGCUACCACCAAGAUGGCGGCCACGACGAGGAUGACGACGCUACCGCUCUUGCCGUCCAUGGCGAUGACGAUGCUGGCGCUCUGGCGGCGUUGCGGCGGGAGCUGGACGACACCAGGACACGUGUGGAGGCGGAGAAGAAGCGCAUGAAGGCCGUGGAGGCGAACGUGGAGCGGGCCAUGGCGGCAAGGUCAACGGCGCUGUGGUGGCAGGCCGACGUCGAGGCGCUCGGGGCGGCGGAGCUGCCCGAGUUCGAGACGGCGCUCUGGCGGCUCAGGGACACCCUCCUCCGCCGGGUGGACGCGCUGCAGCUACCUCUAGCCGCUGCACCGCCGGCCUGCAUGAACAUGUAGCGGCUAAUUAGCGGUACCUUUACGACAUCUUCGAUCUUAUCUCAAACGAAAAGUACGGAUGCAUGCAAGCAUGCAUUAUGUGUAUAAUCCUCGCAACAU